AUGAAUAAUAUCAUGAAAUUAUUAUCUAUUGUUUCCGUGUGUAUCAAAAUCCAAAUAGCCUUGUCUCAACCAAAUCAGCCUACUCCGGGACCAAACUCUGUACGAGAACUAUGUAAACUAAACAUUUAUCCAAGUCUAUGCAUCACGACUCUCAAUCAUGAUCCUAGAAGCAAGAACGCAAACGGCCAUGGACUUGCAUUGAUCUCUGUGGAUGCUACAUCAAAGAAAAUGAGGCAGAUGUUAAAAUAUCUAAUCUCGGUCCGUAAAAACAUAAAAAACCGUCAAGACUCUACGAGGUAUGAUACUUGCAUCAAGGCCUAUGACACGGCGGUUCAUAAGUUUUUACCGGCAGAGUUAGCUGAUUUGAAACUUAAGAGGUUCUCUCAGGCAAUGUCUGAAAUGAAAAGUGUUGUGUCGAUGCCUGAUUAUUGCGAGGGGCAAUUUCCCGAAACUUCGCCGUUGACCGAUCGUAUCAAAGCCGUCCAUGAUAUCGCCGGUAUGAGUGCUGACAUUAUCCGAUAUUUGUAUGGAAAUUAUUGA